UGCAAUCAUGAAGGAUGUUUGUUUUUGUGUCUGAACUGAACAAAAAAUUGUUGAUGUCCUCUAAUUGAAAACGUACAGAAUCCAUGAAUAGAAAACCUUGGAAAAACUCCUGAGAUACAAUUUGUGAAAAACUAAGUUUAAAAGUUACACUUUUCUUUGAAUAAGAAAGAGUCAUUUAUGUGAAAAUAAAAUGUUAUAAAACAUACUAUUAAUUUAAAACCUUUGAAGUUCAAACGAAAUACAUGUAAUAUUGUUGUUGUUGUGGUAAAUUCGGAAGAAAAAAAAAAAACACCAAAUGGGUGUGUAUAUCUACACCAGAUAACUAUUAUCUGGGCUAAGUUGCCAAUAAAGAUAUUGAGUGGUUUUUUUUGUGCGUGUUUGCCUGACGGUCACGUUGUAAAUUUAUUCAGAUACUUUGAAUAAUCUUUAAAUUUAAGUUUUUUUUACCAUCAAAAUAAAAGAAAAGAUCUAGUCAAAGUGUAAGCAAAGAUGUUAUGAAUUGAUGAAGAUUAAUGAAAAGGGUUACAAAAAACAUUUUUGAAUGUAACUUAUUACUGACUUCAUCUUUAAAACACCUACAACGGCUUCAAAAAUAUCUUCCUCGAUGAGAAUGGGAAGUUUACCGAACAUCCACGAGUUGGAGCGAAUCGAACGAAAGCUUGGAAGAGAGAGAGAAAUAGCUCUUAUCGAGCAAAGAGCAAGAGAACAAAUCGAUUUCAAUCGAGAAAGAGAUAGGGAAACAUUUCCACCUCCACAUCAGAACUCUGCCUUCAACCCUUAUUUUGUGAAUACAAAACACCAUCGGCAUUCAUUGACGGCAAGAAAUGUCCUACGAACUCGAAGUUCUGGUGGAUCACACAACAUCUGGGAUGAACCUAUGAUUGAGCGUCUUGCAGCCUACUCACCAAUCUCCAGCCGAUCACACAGAAUUAAUCCGAUCACUCCGUAUCAGGUGCAAGCCGCUCUUGCAGCUAGCAGACGUCGUGAAUCAAUAAAUAGCUCCAUUGGAGCUACUUCCAUUCGGCGACUUAUAACUCUAAACAGCCGUUGCUGUCGUCACAAGAUACCAGCACACAUUCAGUCCAAAGUCUGGAAGGACUUUACCUUCUUAACCAUAGGACACGGCCUAAUUUGUGCCAUUUUGCUCCCACUCAUCGGUCUUCAAAGCUCUAACUCAGUGUGGCAUCAUAGCGAGCAAUGGGUCAAUGUGGGUCCCAACAUAGGCUCAAUAUUGCUGAGUAUUUCUUUUAUAAUUUCAACGGGAAUGUGCUUUUUCACAGCAAGACUUAUUAAGAAAAAGGGCUUCGUUGUUCUGAUUGCCUCCAGCUAUAUUGGAAUGUGUUUGUUCCUCUUAGGACAUCUCUGUUCAUCAAUUUACACCCUGCUUCCAGCUUACGUAAUCCUGGGACUAACCUUGGGACCAGCGUGGGUUGGAAAAAUAGCCUUGGUGGUGCAUUUCGCCAGUAGACUGAGCUGUUCCCAGCAUGAUUGUGCCUUAACUGCUGCUGUGGAUAAUAUCGAUGAUCACAAGAUCUUUUGCAAUCGAGAACAGAAAGUUCGACGAUUUGCCAGAUGGUUUCAAGCGUCUCAAGAUAUCGGCAUUAUAAUUGGAGCUAUUUUGGCAUCUUUAGUAUUGGCUUGCAGUUCGACAAAUUGGGACUGUUUCAAUUUUAGUUUUACUCCAAGUGAGGACUUAAUUGCAACAACGACGACGACAGUUAAGACAUUGACGCAGUUGAAUAACACUACAGAAGCACUGCCUAUUCCUGUGGUCUUAACUACCAACAAUUUUUACUAUCUGUUCGAUGAGAUGUACAAUCAUAAUGAACAUGGUGAAAGAAUUUGUGGAGCAGAUAUGUGUCCUGUGUGGAAUACAUUAGAUGAUGAUGAUGACAACGAUACAAAACCUUAUUCGCAUUUUGUUAGCGAAAAACGUAUUGGAGGAGUUACGCUCAUUUUAAUUUAUUUGGUGUUUGCAAUUGGAGCUUUGUUGUUGACUUUGUUUGCUGGAAAGUUUGAAUGCACAUUACGAAGGACACGAGUUAAGGGCGUUACCGAUACAUUAUUGUUUGCUGGACCAAUGGCAUAUUUUAUUGGUACUGAACAAGCAUACAUGCUGGGAGAUUUUACAAGGGCUUUUGUAUCCUGUUCUCUUGGAAUCAGCAUGGUAGCUGGAGCCCUCAUAGGCAUGGGCUUAAUGCAGGCUAUAGUUUCAUGCACAUUAAGUCUUCUUUUGCGUUACACCAAACGCAUUGUUAUAAUAUUUGCUGCAUUCUUUUUCCAUGCAUGUCUACUCCUGGUUCUAUCUCGAUGGAAGCCCUCCAGCGAUGAUAGUGCUCUAUUUUAUGUUAUAGCCGCAAGUUGGGGUGCUUGUAAUGGCCUAUGGGAAACACUUCUAUUAGCCCUGGUAACACUUAAUCACACAAAUCAUGUCACAGAAGUCAUGGGUCCACUACAGGGUUUGAGAUUUUUCGGACUAGGUGUUACUUUUGCUGCUCAUGGAUUCUUAUGCGAGAAUCCCAAAAUACUUAUUCUUGUCAUCAUCCUAGUAGUAAGUGUUCCGCCAUAUGCUAUGUUGGAGAUCCGUUUGGAAGCACAACGAAAAGCUCAUAUAGUUUCGUUAUGACGAAGUGUUUUUAGUUAGUAUACAUUCAGAAGAAAUACCACCAGAACUAACACCAUGUAGAAAAAAUGGAUGAAAUCAUCUACUGCCACGAAGCUGAGCUAAAUAUUAUUUUUUGUCAAAAAUUGACAAAUAAAUACAUCGUCCGGUUCAUACGAGUUAAGGAUUCAGAGUGCACUAAAUCCUAUCUCAAGCUGAAAUCUAUUCUACCAACUUAGUUCUAGUUGUAACUUAUUAUGAUUUCCCGAUCCCUAUAAAAAAAUAUAUGUAUGUUGAUGAUAAGAAAAUUGUACACGUUAUUGAAGUAUUACGGGAUAAAAGAAAAGUUUAUUAAAUUAAUUAUAAGAAAAAAUAAAAUUUAUAAAUGUGUAAUCCCAAUAGUAUGUACGUAAAUGUAUGUGUAUUGUGUAUGUAUGAUCAAAUAAUUUAAAAUUGCUGGCAAUAUUGCAUUGCCUGCAAAAUUUUUAUGCAUGAAAUUUUAAAAAUUCAUUGUAUUGUAUUGAUGUCUUGAGAGAAACCUGGAAGCUGUACAAGUACAUGUGCAUAAACAUCGACUCAUAAAUACUCGAGGUUCGAGUAAAAAAAAAAAGUUGGCUAUAUUUAAGUAAUGUUUAAAAAUUAAGUCGCCACUUUAGUUUCAAUGCUGAGAAAAAGUGCGUUAAACUGUUUGUUUAAAU